AUGGGGCCCCCGGGCAAUAGGGGAUCAUGGGGCCCCUGUGUCCUUACCCACACUCAAAAAAAAACCUUAAAAAGGUACCAGGGGCAUUUCAUGGGGUCCCCUACUGACCCCGGGCCCUGGGCAGUGCCUGAGUUCUCGAAUGGUCAGUCCGCCCCUGGUGGUGAUGACACAACUAGUCCCUCCCAAGGGCGGACUGACAACUCAUGGGGCCCCCGGGCAAUAGGGAUCAUGGGACCCUGUGUUCUUGCCCAAACUCAAAAAAGCCUAUGAAAAAGGUACCAGGGGCAUCUCAUGGGCCCCCUACUGACCCCGGGCCCUCGGGCAGUGCCCGAGUUUCCAAAUGGUCAGUCUGCCCCUG